UGAAACCUCACAGAUGUAUAAAAUCAGGUUACAUCCUCUCAGAAACAACAGGUGGUAAACACUCGCUAAAGCCGACAUGGAAGAUAUUUGUUACGAACUCAUUGGUCGCUCAUGUGAAGAAAUGUGUAAAGUCCUCGUUGUAGGUGGAGGAGGCGCCCUGACUGUGGCCCUGACUCCUGCGCUCCUGACUGCCAUCGGCUUCACCUCAGGUGGGAUAGCAGCGAGUUCCCUUGCUGCCAAAAUGAUGGCGUGGGCCGCAACUGCUAAUGGAGGCGGAGUUGCGGCAGGAAGUCUGGUGGCGUGGUUGCAGUCACUUGGUGCUGCUGGCCUGACUGGAACUGCAACUGGAGUGGCGGCUGGUGCUGGAGGAACAAUGGGAUGGCUGCUGUCAACCAUUUGUAACCAAACUGUAACCCCGUAAAGAUUUACAGCAGGGUAGUCUGCCAGAUUUGCCUUGAGCCUAAUGUCAUAAUGCUAACAUGCUCACUGCCACAGCGCCAUAUGCUGAUGUUUAGCAGGCAUAAUGUUCACCGUCUAGCAUGCUAAUCUUAGCUGAUUAGCACUAGCACUAGCAGUGUGUUAUGACUCUAAACAUCUGUUGUGCACUCGUGAUUUAUGUGCAGAAAACACUGAUAAAUAAUUCUGACUUUCUUGUAACGCCUGUCACUUAGUACACCUGGCAAUCAAAACCAAGCUUGUUUCAUCAUCAGCAUGAGUCAUAUAAGAAGUUCUCUCAUGCUGGUGACAAUCUUUUGCUGACUCGGGUAACAUUUUACAAAUAACCUGCAAUCUAAGCGACACAAUCACUAAGCUAAUAUUUUGGUUAGAUCCUCAUGGUGGUGCAACCUGUAUUUUAAUAUAAACUUGGCCAAUAAAGCUGAUUCUGAUUCUGAUAACCCUGACGAAUAAAGUGGUCAUUGCUGAAACU